AUGAAGUGCUUCCUCUUGAUAUCCGCCCUGGUGGCAGCGAGCAGCGGGGCCCACCUCCGAGUGCGGCGGAACCCCCACUGGUCCCACCACGGCGAGCCACAGCGGUUCCGACUCUCGGCCGGCAACUACAACCGGGACUCGACCAGCGUCCAGUGCGGAUUUGCGCCCCUCCCGCAGCGUCAGGCCGUGACCCUGGAACAGCCCCUCCCGGCGCCUUUCGUCGUCAACUUCGGCGCCGCCCCCAAGAUCAUCGAGCACGCCGCCUCCCCCGUCGAGAUCGACUACUUCGAGAAGCCCACCGUCGUCAACCACGAGAAGGAGGCCCGUUUAAACGUCUUCUCCCUCAACCCCGUUGUCUUCGACUCCUUCGACGCGCCCGCCAUCAACGAGCAGGCCGGGCCAAGUGUCAUUACCGUCCAACAGGUGGCGCCUGACGCUGGUGGUGCUGGAGGUGCAGGUGGUGCAGGAGGUGCUGGAGGUAUGGGUGGUGCUGGAGGUAUGGGCGGAGGUAUGGGUGGAGGCAUGGGCGGUGGUAUGGGUGGAGGUAUGGGCGGUGGUAUGGGUGGAGGUAUGGGUGGAGGUAUGGGUGGAGGCCAUGGUCAUCAUGGUCACGCUCAGCCUUCAGCCGACAAACCCGGUCAUUUAGACCCUGCUCCUCCCAAGCCAUGCGCACCACCAUGCCCACCACCUUGCCACUAG